UGACGUAAUAGCUAUUGGUUGGAUCAAUUUAUACAAGACGUUGCUCGUGUCAGUGUCUGGUUAAUUCAACACUCAUCUUACAGGAGAAGUAAUUAGAUAUUACAAGAUGAAAGAUAUAUCAAAACCUGCUUCAACAGCAAAAAAUCAGUUGUCGUGCACAAGAGUAAAAGUGUGUUUCAUCAAACUGGAUUAAUUCCUUAGAUUAAAACAGACGUUUCUUUUUUAAAAAGGGCUUUUUACAGCGCUGAAACGCGUAUCGACUAACUGCCACUAAUAAGGCGUUAAAAAAAUACUGGUGGAACUAUAUAGCAAUUGACUACAUAGUUGCACAAUAAUGAAUUAUUAACUAUGGCAUAUUCAUAUAUAUGCCAGUUGUAUUACACUGAUAGAAUUGUGGUUAUAUUCGAAUUCUCACAUGAACAUAAAAUACGACUGGUAUUCCAAACCGGAAAUAGAAUAGUGGUAGACAAACCUAUUAACAUCACUCCCAAGAAAACAGUUCACGUAACCCCAUUAGAUAAAAUUAAUUACUCCAGCGAACCAUACCUGGAUGAAACCCCUUUUCUUCUUUUACUUAUCAUUGGUGCUGGUCUGAUCCGGAGACCGAUAGCUAUUUUCUAAAUUUGAUGUUUACAUGCUUGAAGGAUUUUAAUCGUAUAUAUCAAGUAUUAAAUUUUAAUCUAUCUGUCAAUUAUAGUUUUCAAUUCAUUUAAUAAAAUAUUUUGUUUGUUUUAAUAAUUUAGAUAUUUUCCAGUACUUAUACAACAGUUCUAUUCAUCAAAAUAAAUCAUAGCUUAGCUUUCAGUAUUUAAUAUUAUAUUCAACAUAUAUUAUAUUUAAUUUUAAUUAAGCUUUCCAAUGUUUAAGGAUAUUUCAUGUAAAUAAUCUUUUACUUUCACUUUGAAAUCUACCGUAGUCUGUAUAUUUAUAUUAAUAAUACAGUAAUCUGUAUAUUUAUAUUGAAAAUACAACUGCAAAUUAACAUAAAUAUGACGAGUAGUUACCAAUCACACCCCCUAGACGUCUUAAAACAAAGCAUCAAUCAAGAUUUACAGCCUUCAUCAGAUUGUAUGAAAUAUGAAUGGAUGAGACUAGGAUCGUUUAAAUCAUUUCCUAGACAAUCUGAAGGAAGACCAAUAAAAUUAGCUAAAGCUGGAUUUGUUUUUACUGGUACCAGAGAAGGAGAUGAUACUGUCACGUGUUUUACUUGUGGUGUUACUAAAAAUAACUGGUUGAAAUAUGAAGACCCACUCCAAGUUCACAAAGAUCUGAAUCCAAGAUGUCAUUUUAUAAAUAAUACAUCUGAAAAUGUUCCCAUAUUAGUACCUGAAUCAAUGGUAUAUGAUAAAAUAUGGACGACACUACAUGAAACAUAUUGUGAUGGAAACCAGGAAACACGAAGUUCAUCACCAUUCUGUACAGGUAUCAACUCUAGAAUAACAGAUCCAACAAUAAGACAAACAUACGAUAUUCCACCUAUUCUGUUAGAAAGAUCAGAUAUUAACCAGUCCGUACAAGUAACUGACGAUAGAACGGGACCAGAUUUUAGUAGUAGAAUGGUACCCAAUCAACCUAUGAGUUCAGCAAGUGUUGUAUUAACAGGUGAUUCUACCCGGCAAACUAUGGUUGUAGAAGAAGCAAGACUUAGAACAUUUGGAAACUGGCCAAGAUAUUUAGCUGUUAUACCUACUGAACUAGCACGGGCGGGGUUUUACUAUCUUGGUUCCGCUGAUCGAGUACAAUGUGCCUUCUGUAGAGGUAUUUUAAGAGAUUGGGAAGAAGCAGAAAGUCCAGUAGCUGAACACUGGAGAUAUUUUUCUAGUUGUGAAUUCUUGAGAGGAACGGACCGAUCUAAUGUUCCUAUUAUACCAAAUGAUAGUUAUAUACAUGAUUAUGUAUCAACCCAUCCUCUGAGUUCUACUGAUGAAGACGUUAGAGCAUAUCUUAAUCCACUGUCAACUAUCUUAAAGAAUGGAAAUUUAAAUCUAGUUCAAACGGAAGCCCCAGCAACUGCUGAAGAUUUAGGUAUCAUUACCCAAACAGCUGCCCAGCCGGAUAAAGCGAUACUCGCUACUCGCGUGGCAACAUUUGCCAACUGGCCAAGAAGAUCACCAUUACCAACUAUAGAAGAGAUCGCUGAGGCAGGAUUUUAUUACCUUGACAGGGAAGAUGUUGUAAAAUGUUUUUUCUGUGGCGGUGUUUUAAAAUCCUGGAAAGAUGACGAUAUUCCAUGGAAUGAACAUGCAAAAUGGUUACCUAAAUGUCCAUAUUUACUGAGAAUCAAAGGUGAAGACUUUGUGAACUCUAUACAUCAUCCAGGUACCGGUACCGCAAAGGUUGUAACAAACAGCGGAUCGGGAGCUCCAUUUUUCAAAUCUGUUGAAGGGUUGAUAACUGCUACUCUAGAUCUCACAACAGCUCCCAGAGAAAGCAAACAAAAUGCUAUAGCUAAUCCUAAACAACCAAACACUGAAAUUGCCUCACCAGAAGCUGCGGAAGCGGGACAAGUCUACCAAAAUGGACAACAUUACAAACCCGAAGAAGGAGAAACACAAGCAGUAGAACCCCCAGCAGAACAAGCAGAAGAAUCCUCGAAGUUGGUGAGGGAGAAUGAAGAAUUAAAAGAGCGGCGAAUAUGUAAAAUCUGUAUGGAUGCUCAAUCUAAUAUUGUCCUCCUUCCAUGUGGCCAUCUUGUUGCGUGUGAGUUGUGUGCCCCUGCUUUAACAAAAUGUCCGCUGUGUCGUAAAGCUGUUCGCGGAAGCUUGAAAACAUAUUUGUCAUAAAGUAUAAAUAAAUGGUAAAAUAAUAAA